UCUCAAAGGGUUACUAUGCAAUUGCGACUGAUUUCUUGGUUUUUUAUCACUUUGAACUUUAUGGAAUACAUUGGCAGCCAGCACGCCUCCAGGGUACGGCGACAGGGAAGAAUGCAUCCUAAUGUGAGCCAGGGUUGCCAAGGAGGGUGUGCUACAUGUUCUGACUACAACGGAUGCCUGUCAUGUAAGCCCAGGCUCUUUUUUGUUCUGGAGAGGAUUGGCAUGAAACAGAUCGGAGUAUGUCUUUCCUCGUGUCCAAGCGGCUACUAUGGGACACGGUAUCCCGACAUUAAUAAGUGUGCAAAAUGUAAAGCUGACUGUGAUACCUGCUUCACCAGAAACUUCUGCACAAAGUGUAAAAGUGGGUUUUACUUAUACAGUGGAAAGUGCCUUGAAAAGUGCCCUGAUGGGCUGGAAGCCAACAAUCACACGAUGGAGUGCACUAGCAUUGUGCACUGUGAAGCUAGUGAGUGGAGCCCAUGGAGCCCUUGCACAAAGAAAGGAAAAACAUGUGGUUUCAAAAGAGGAAAUGAAGUAAGGGUCAGAGAGAUCGUACAGCAUCCGUCAGCAAGGGGCAAUCCUUGCCCAGCUACAAGCGAGAGCAGAAAAUGUAUUGUACAAAGAAAGAGAUGUCAGAAGGAAGGAAAAGGGAAAAAAAAUAGGGAGGAGAAAAGAAAAAAGUCCAACAAAGACGAAAGCAAGGAGGCAAGACAGGAAAGCAAAGGGCGAGCAGCCCGAAGACAGAACCGAGAACAGAGGGAAAACAAUAACAAAACGCAGCCGAAGAAAAGAAAAGCCCCAAAUAAAGAACAGAACCUGGCACCUGUCGACACUGCACAUUAA